AUGCAAUUGUACGACCAGAUUUGGAGUGUUUUACUCAAAAGUUUGACGGGAGAAAAUCCAUCGAUUGAGUUGAUCUUACGAUUGAAUAGUGCGAUGUCAACAGUACUGAGCACAAAUAUCACAGGAAGAGUGUUACAAUUGUACAAACUCCUUGAAACCUCAUUCACUGAAUUUUUUAAAAAAGUUUUGGAACAAUUUUUAAAACUGGACACGAAAAAGGUGUUACCAUCAUACGUUCGAUUGAUCCAGAAAUUUGACCCAUUUUUCAUUGUUAUGAAGCAAAUUUUUUAUAACUUGAAUCGAGUCAUCCCUUUGGUCCAAGAACAAUACUUUAAACAAUUUCCAACGCCUAAGGAAUUGUUCUUGAGUGUGUUCCGAGCAGAUUUUUAUACCCCACUGAAACCACAACUUGAGGUACAAAUCUCGAAGGCUGUGGGACGCCUCUCUUCACUGGACGUUCAUGUGAAAGAGAAAGCGGAGAAUGUCUUAAACAUAUACUACAAAUUCUAUUGGGUGAUGGUGAACGUCUCUGGGUAUAAGAAAUAUUCCUCUGAAUUUAAAGAAGCGGUGAGCACAUAUACUGCACUUGUUGUGAGUCAUUUCAAAGAACAAAAGACGUGGGCGCACGACUUGAUACAAUUUGUCGACAACACUUUAAUCGACGACGUUCGCGAGAGAGUCGAGAAGAGUGUCUUUGGGGCAUUCUUUAACGAGUCCAAUGCCGAUCAACAUGUUGCGCUUUUUGUGAAUUCAUUCAAGGACGAUGUUAAGAUAGCGCGUGCUCUCAUACGGUGUUUCACGACUUUAAAUCUGCAGAGCCACUUGUUAGUGGAACUCAAAAAUGUCUUUGAGAAAUUGCUUCAAAAAGACGAGAAGAGUAUAGUGAAUACGUACUCGACAAUUAAAGCGUUUAUAAAGGAGAACUACCCGACCAAUGAUGAGAUCUUUCAGUGUUUAAAAAGUGCUGCGAACGUAUUGUUAUCUAAAGGGUUUGGAGUGAAGGAGAUUAGCAUUGAAGUGAUGGGGAAUGAAGAGAGUGCAUUAGCUUUUGAGUUAUAUGAAUUGUGUGAAAUUAAAGAUCAGAUGCAUACCUCAUUGUUGUCAUAUAUUGGCGUCGCCUUAGUUAACGGGAAAGGCGUUCCCCAACACUUCUUAUCGAAAUUGAAAGGGACUUCAUCGUCACAAUUCAUACACAGAACAGCAAAGAUGCUUGAAGACUCGAAGAAGAGUGAUGACCUUUCAAAGGAAUUUAUGAACACACAAUACUAUAAGUGUCUUAUUUUUAAACCAGAAGUCCACGUAUUGGUAGUCACACAUCACGUGUGGCCUAUUUCUUAUGUAAAUGUGUUGCCUUUGGACGCACUCCGUCCAGCAAUUGUCAUGUUUGUAGGCUUUUAUCAUAAGAAAUUUGAACGCACGGUCUUACGAUUCUUACACAAGUCGUCGGUGUAUCAAAUACAAUUUGAAGGGUCGAAAGGAAUAUAUACACUUAACCAUACACAAGCAGUCGCACUCAUUUUGGCCACUGAAGGAAUGUUAACAAAAGAAAACAUCAACUUGAAAGUCCCACAGUCCGACGGGGUCAUCGACCUUCUUGUCAAACUUGGAGUCUUAGAUGUCAAGCACCAAAUCGUGCAGAUCGAUAAGGACACGAACAUCUCCGGAAUUAAAAUACCAAAAAAGAAAGAAGAGGACGAGAAGAAAGAAAUGAAAGACAACACUUUGGCUAUCAUGGCACAUGUCGUCAAGUUACUCAAGAAGGAAAAGAAGUGCGCUAAAAAGGUUCUUAUCACAGAUAUCCAAGCAACCGGACUCGCUACAGAAACUAAAAUCAUUCAACCCGUACUCGACGAACUGGUCAUGAAAGACUACUUGGAGUACAAACAGAACGAGGACGUCUAUGAGUAUAUCGCCUAA